ACCAGUCAUUGUAGAGUGACUGUCUGAGCAUUACAAUUUCAAGUGGAGGGGACUCUGAGGAGAAUACAUUAUCCAUGUGUCAGUCGCUAGCCAGCAGACUGUGACUUGCAUAAAUGGCUAAGAACUGAAUCAGAAGCACUACCGUGAAGGAGAUAUUUCAUCUAGCAGAAACACUCAAUGAACAUUCAUCUGCAGACUGGUUUAGUUAAACGCACAGGAGUGCUGUAGACAAAUGAAUGGUUUCAGCAGCAACAGCAGCAGCAGCUCCGGACAGCAGCAAUGAAAACCAAACAAAGAUUUGAAAUCAGUUUUAAACAUCUGUUUUGGAAACAAAAGCCCUUGCAAAUAUCAUGCGUCUGACGGAAGCCAAGGCAAACGUGGGGUUUGAUUUCCAUACCGAAUCUCCAUAAAAUCUGGGCUUCCCUGACGGAUUUUCAAUUAGCUGUGGGGAAGUUUCGUCACUGGAAAAUGUUGGCAUGAACAGUAUGCGUAUCAGUAAUUUUGCUUUAAUUUACAGAAAUUAUUCCGUUUGAAUUUUGUUUUGCUUUUGAUGCCAUUCUCCAGGAAAUCCUUAGUCUUCAUUUCACCAGAUUGUAUGAAAAUGUAACCUGCAAUCCCUGGAAACUGGAAAUCACUCCCUCUAAAGGUACAAUCAUGUUUUUUAGCAAGCGUGAGGCUCAUGGUUUUGGUCUAUUUAACCUCCUCUGGAAAGAACAAUAAUACACUACUUGCAAAUAUGUAUGGGUUCAUUAACACCUGCUUGAAGUCACUUGUGAUAGAAAAAUUUGGUGAAGAAACAUGGGAUUUAUUGAGGAUCCAAACUGGAGUGCAGGAUACGUUUAUGACAUAUGAAGUAUACAAAGAUGAAAUAACACUGCAGCUAGUAGAAAAAGUCUGUAACAUGUUAGAUGUUUCCCCAGAGGCAGUAUUGCGCCAGUUUGGGGAAUAUUUCUUUGAAUUUUGCAAAAAGUCAGGGUAUGACCACAUGCUGAGGACUUUGGGUGGAGACCUUUAUGAAUUUAUAGCGAAUCUGGAUGCUUUACACAGUUAUCUGUCUCUCUCGUACCAGGAGAUGAAUGCCCCUUCCUUUAGGGUGGAGAUGAAUGGGGAUGGAUCCAUGCACCUGCAUUAUUAUUCAGACAGAAGAGGCCUCUGUCACAUAGUGCCAGGCAUUAUGGGGGCUGUGGCAAUGGAUUUCUUCAAAACUGAAAUUUCAAUGGAAAUAAUCAGUCAGAGUGACGAGGAGGAGCGCACAGGGAAGAAAGAACAUAUUGUUUUUCUGGUCACACAGAAGCCAGCGUUCCCUCCAAAAUGCCCCACUAAGCCCCCACUUGUAUCCCGCGGCAUUAAGAAUAAGAGUUUUGAGAACCCUUAUAACAAAUACAGAGACAGGAAAAACCAAGUAUCUGUCUGUCCUGUAAAGAAGAAUCACUGGGCAAUGAUAAGAGGCAUAGUUCAGCUUGGAAAAGGUCGAAUGUUAAGGGGAUUUCGUCCUGUGUAUCCCAAGGAUUUGUGCGUUGAUGUUGAAACCUUUUGCAAAGGACUUCCUUUCCACAUUGUAUUUGAUGAAGAGCUGAGGAUCAAGCAAGCUGGUGUGAGCAUCCAAAAGAUAGUUCCUGGGCUCCAAACCACUGGCAUUCGAUUAGAUCAGUACUUCAGCACUGUGCACCCAGAGGUCACGCUAACUAUUUCCAAUGUCAGAAAGUUUAUCAACAGCCAGUUUGUAUUCCGCACGAAGAGAGAGAUGAUGCCAGAGUCCUGGAGAGACCGCCCAAUGCUUGAGUUGAGAGGUCAAAUGAUAUGGAUGGAAAAACUCGAGUGUAUGUUAUACUUGUGCUCUCCUCUGCUACGAACUUUACAUGAGCUGGAAGAGAGGCAGAUGCACAUCUCUGACAUAGCCCCACAUGAUGUCACGCGUGAUCUAAUUCUGCUUAACCAGCAAAGACUGGCAGAAAUGGAACUAUCCAAUCAGCUCGAGAGAAAGAAAGAAGAAUUGAGAAUCCUGUCCAAACACUUAGAGGAAGAGAAGAAGAAGACUGAACUGUUGCUCUAUGCCAUGCUUCCAAAGCAUGUGGCCAACCAGCUGAAAGAAGGCAAGAGAGUAGAGGCAGGGGAAUUCAAGGAAUGCACUAUAUUGUUUAGUGAUGUUGUUACCUUUACCAACAUUUGCGCUCAGUGCGAGCCAAUCCAGAUAGUCUUUAUGCUGAAUUCUAUGUAUCUUCGUUUUGACAGACUGACAACUGUCCAUGAUGUUUAUAAGGUGGAGACAAUAGGGGAUGCCUAUAUGGUGGUGGGCGGUGUACCGGUGCCUGUUUCUUCUCAUGCAGAAAGAGUUGCAAAUUUUGCACUAGGAAUGAUCCUUAUGGCAAAACAAGUAAAAAAUCCAGUCAAUGGGAAUCCUAUACAAAUUCGAGUUGGUUUACACAGCGGCCCAGUGUUAGCCGGAGUGGUUGGAGAAAAGAUGCCUCGAUACUGCUUAUUUGGGGAUACAGUUAACACAGCCUCUAGGAUGGAGAGUCAUGGGGUUCCCAAUAAGAUUCAUAUCAGCCCAACUGUGUACAGGUACCUUAAAGGUAAAAAUUUUGAAAUGACCGAACGGGGAGAAAUUGAUGUGAAAGGAAAAGGCCGAAUGCGCACGUACUUUCUGAUUAGAAACUCAAGUGCCAAGGAGAAUGAGAUAUUGGGUCAAGCAAUAAAGGAGACAGAUUCAGGACGAGCAUCUUCUCAGUCUCUUCUUGAUGACACCAGCAAAAGAAAUGUGCAAAGAAAUUCCCCAGGAGAAGCACAAGAGGAUGAUAUCCAUAAAAACCUCCCUGCCAUACCAAUGCAGUAUGCUGAUAGUCUGCAAGGCUUGGACAAAGGGGGAUGCCAAGAAGUAAAAGAGCUUAAAGGCAAACAGAGAAGCUAUGGGAGUGUGCCUAGUGCCCAGCGCUCAGCAGAAGAACCUCUUCCCGAUCCAGUUGCUCCAGACAAGGACAAACCCCAGAACAGAACUGUCACGUCACAUUUCUGUCUUCUACUAUAACAGGCCCCGGAUGCUGCACAUUACCUAAAGCAAAUACAUGAAUCCCACACAAAGAAACUGUAUUUGAAUGUAAAUUUCAGCUGCAAAUAUAGUUGAACGUGACUAAAAUGAUCUAAAGCAGGCCCCACUAAUGAAAUGGACACACUUGUUCCUAGCUGUUUCAUGCUUCAUUAGUACAGCCAAGUAAUGCAUGGUAUCCUGGAAACACAAGCAUUAACUUAUUAACCUACAAAGCAGAAAGGGAGAAAAUUAAAAUCAACAAACGUAGAAAAAUCAACGAAUUCUCAGAGAGCACAUGCAUUGUGAAACACUUUCAUAUAUCUGGUCAGAUAUCUAUUGGGCAGGUUUGAAAUUCUGUAUAAGUAGCCAACAUGGGCAGAGAAUCACAUGCUCGGUGACCUAGCCAGAUGAGCGGAUCUCCAUGUGUAUGGCCAACAUAAGGCUCCAUUGAACUCAAAAGAAUGGGUGUGGUUUUGUUUAGACAGCAGAUAAGAUGGCCGAACAUAUCAAAACAUAUAGUAAACAAACUGCAAUAAAAAUAAAGCAUUUUACAUGUACAGGAUAGAAGUAACUGGUGUACCAAUUCAAAUGUACUUUUCUGGGUUAUUUUGGUGUUACUAGUCUUGUAAACUGAUCAAUUUUGAAAGCAAUAAAGUUGUGUACAGUA